AUGGCUUCCCUUGACGGCCAGACCCUCAAGAUGGGUGCUCAGAGCGACUCCGACACCGAGUACAUCAAGUCGCCCGACACACCUAUGCCAUCCAAUGCCAUGGCGGAUCUGGAGGCUCAGCAAUCCCGGACGUUCUCGAACAACAGCGAAUUGGAUGAGCGCAAGACGACCGUCAAGCUUAUGAACAAGAGGAAGUGGCUCGGCCUCAACCCAGAAGCUGCUCUCGAUGAGGAGCAUGACCUUGCUCCUCACAAUGACUUCCUUUGGGGCAAGAUCAAGAUCGCGUUGAAGGAGCCUUUUGCUGAGAUGUGGGGCACCUUCAUCUUGGUUCUGUUCGGUCUCGGAGGCAUCGCACAAGUCUCCUUGAGCAAGUCGCCAAACGGCGAAUUCAACCCCAAGUACCCGGGCGGGUGGAACUAUGGCGGUUGGCAAGACAUCAACUGGGCUUUCGGUAUUGGUCUCAUGCUGGGUAUCUACGUCGCUGGAAACAGUGGUGCCUUCUUGAACCCAGCUGUGACCCUUACUAGCUGCCUGCUUCGCAAGCUCCCAUGGCGACGUCUGCCCAUGUACUGGACUGCACAAAUCCUCGGAGCAUUCUUAGCUGCUGGUGUUGUGUACGCCAACUACAUCGACGCCAUCAACAUGACAGAAGGUUACGGUAUUCGAUCGGUGGGUGGAAACACCUCGACGGCUGGCAUCUUCGCCACUUACCCAGCGGACUUCACCACCAGGACUACACAAUUCUUCGAGCAGUUCUUGGCCAGCGCAGUCCUUAUGUUCAUGAUCUUCGCACUCCAGGACGACUCCAACAAGGGUGCAUUCAUUGCUAGCGGUGCUUGGUUCCCGCUUUGCUUGUUCUUCGUCAUGUUCGGCAUCGCUACUUGCUUCGGCUGGCAAACCGGCUUCGCCAUCAACAUGGCUCGUGAUCUCGGUCCAAGACUCUGGACAUACUGUGUCGGCUACGGGACAGAUGUAUGGUCCGCUGGCGGCUACUACUUCUGGAUCCCAAUGGUCGCACCAAUGGUCGGCUGCCUCUUUGGCGGUAUCGUAUACGAUCUGUUUAUCUUUACCGGUGAAAGUCCAGUCAACCAGCCGUACUGGGGCAUUGGUCAGGUCAUCAACCCAUACGGCGCCAUGAAGCAGCGUCUCAGGAAGCAGAAGCAAGAGGGUAUGGUCUAG